AUGGAAAAUUAUAAUUUCUCUGCCUCAUCUAUAUCUAUAUAAACAGAAGAUUCAAAAUUAUCUUAAACAGAUUAAUAGUUUAGUAGUCCUUUUAAAUCAGAGAAAAUUAAAUUUUUAGAAUUACAUAAUCAAAAAUAAAAUAAUUAUUCACCUCAAUAAUCAUAAGUUGAAGUUUAGACUUAAAAAGAUUGUUAGGAGAAUAUAGAUUAGAUAUCAGUAUAAAGAUCUAACAGUUUUUGUGGAUCAUAAUUAAAGUAAACUAAGGCAUCAUAAAUUAAAAAGAAAUUAGUAAAGAGAUGUUAAAACCUAAAUAAGCAUAAUUAGUAAAAAGUCGAAAAAUAUUUUGUCAAGAAAAACAAUUAAAUAAUAGAAACAUCAUUUGAGAAAAUAAAGAUAAAGAGAUCUAAUUUUUCUGGAGUGUUUCUAACAAAUUUAAAGUAAUAUUAGAAACCAAUUCAGGUUCGUUAUUUUAGAUCUACAAUCACAAAGGUUCUGGUAAUUGACUAAGAAAUGUUAGCUGCUGAAUUUAUUGUUUUAGCAUUAACAUAGUUCUAAAAUGAUAUUAGAUUGGAUCAAUCUUUGUAUGAAUUUCCAAAUUACAGUUUAGCCUAUUAAAUAGAAGGAUAAGAUGAUUAGCAGGAUUUAGAUGAAUUUACAUAUCGAAGACCGCUUUAAAGAUAUAAAAGUUUUGGAUCUCUUGAGGACAUGAUGAAAUCAAAAAGAGAAAGUUUAAAGGAAAUAGAUUUUGAAUAGAAACCUGUUUCUUAGGCUGAAGUUUCAUUGCUAGCUGAUGAUGAAAUUGAUGAUAAAAUAAUUUAAAUUGAUUUAGAAUCUCCAAUGCGAUAUUAUAAAUCUGUUGAUAUUGUACCAAUACUAGAUUCAAAAUAGUUAGAUAUUGAUUUAUAGAUGGUAAAGAUUUUACAUCAAUAACUUCCAAAUUACAUACUUAUUCUUAUUGAAGAACCUCUCAAUAAAGGAAGAUUUCAUAUCAAAAUUCGUCCAAAUUAAUUUGUGGAAGAUUUAUUUAUUGAAUUAGUUAAAAAGGCCAAUAAAAAAUACAGAAGUACUGACUAUAAUUUAAAUUUAAAAUAUCCAUGUAUUCAUAUGGGUACCGAACCUAUUAAUUUAAAAAUACCUAUUAGUAAAUUGCCUAUACAUUAUUUGAUUCUUACUUAAAAGUUUCAAAGUGAAAAAAUUCGGUCAUCAAGAUAAUGUACAGAUAGUUUUACAAUUAAUAUCAACAAAGAUACAAUUUUCUCAAAAAGUGCUAAUAAAUCAUAUAGAUUAUUCUAAGAAGAAGGUAAAACAACUGAGAGCACAGAUAAAUUUCGAAACUAAUAUUCGUAUUAAGAGUACUAAUUAUUAAAGAUUGAUAAUUAAUUUAAAAACAAUGUGAUUUUAGGAAUUGAUUAUUUCGAUUUAUAUUACUCCUAUACUUAAGAUCGAUAGAGAUAAUUUUCAAUAGGAAAAUUUUGCAAAUAAAUUUCCGAAAUUUUAUUUGAAGAACCAUUAAUUCAAAAAGAUUAUAGAAGAUUGCCUUUAAAUAAAAUAUAAAAAAUUGAAUUAACUAAAGAUUUUCAUCUGAUAAUAGUUUAUGAGAAAAGCCAAGACUAUAAAAAAUAACUUCAUUUUGGAAUAGAUAUAAAUCAAGAGAAAUCAAAAAUAGACCUACAAUAGAAAACUGUUAUGAAUGCUUACAAUAAAUUAGAAUAUUUAGUUGAUUUAUAUAUAAAAUAUAAAUAACAAUUAUGA